ACUGGAACCGUAGCAUGAAUUUCUACCAACUCGGAAUGAUUAGGUCUUAUAAAUUGGAGCGGUCGACUUGUUCCAGCUUAUGCUAGAGUCCAUAUAGUGGUUGAUGAAUCGUGCCAUUCCCACGACGAAUUUCGCUACAAGGUGGAACACGGAGUGCCUGCCAAAUCGCUUUAGUUCUGCAUAUGGCCAGUUUUCUACGGCAGAUUUUUGAUACCAAAAUGCGAAGCUAUCAAUUGUGUUGGGCAUUAGUGAUACUACUUUCCGUAGACAGCGCAAAAUCCAUAGACCUCCCCGAGUAUCUGCAUGUGUGCCACAAGGACGACCCGGCGCUGACGGAAUGCAUGAAACAGUCGAUCGAAACCCUUCGACCCUAUCUGGCCCGUGGCAUUCCGGAGCUCGACAUUCCCGCCAUCGAACCGAUCAAUCUCGGCGAUCUGAUAGUGGCUGAAAGUGUUCCCGGACAGGGCAUUAGCAUAACCGCCAAGGACAUCAAAGCCUACGGACCGGGCAAUUUCCGAUUGAAGAGACUAAAUAUUCUCGAGUACGGAAAAAUCUACAGCUUUGAGCUGGAGCUACCGCAUCUGUAUGUUGAAGGACGAUAUGUAGUUGACGGACGAAUUUUGCUGCUCCCUGUGAAGGGUGCUGGAAGAUUUACAGGAAACUUUACCCAGGGAGUGGGAAAUGUUCGAAUCAAAGGUGACCGCAAAGUGAUCAACGGCAAGAAUCAUCUCUCGCUGGCUAAACUGGAUAUUAAAAUUAAAGUCGGAGAUGGAAAAAUCAAACUGGAAAACCUGUUUGGUGGAGAUCGCGUUCUUGGUGAAAUUAUCAACGAAACGAUUAACCAAAACUUUUCCCUGCUGAGUCACGAACUGAUUCCGUUGAUUGAGAAGGCACUUCAAAGGAUAUUCAAAACGACGGGAAAUAAAAUCCUCGAAAGGUUCCCCGAGGAAGUGUUGUUCCCCUCUAUGGCCAGUGGCUUUGACGUCUGGCUUGCAAUGUUGCUGUUGAUGACCGAUACCUCUACCACCACUGACACUCCGGUUAAUGAUGGUACAACACAUUACGAAACCUCCACCGCCGAUAGCUGGCGUCGACCAAACCAGGCAUUGCGCCGUAUUACGCAACAAAAACACGCGUGUUUAAGCUCCGAGCAAGUGCUGAUUUAUACAUGCCUUCUCCGUACCAGUGCCAAUUGUGCCGUGCCACCGCAUAGUGAAUGUUGUGCAACCUCGCCGUUUGUAGCACAGUUUGUUCAAGAGCAUAAGCGCAACUGGACCAAUUGUUCAGUGUUGAUCAUGAACGCGGUUUCGAUACGGCAAAUGUUGACCUCCUCGGUCUCGGUGCUGCUGGGGUCGAGUUUGGUGGUGGUGGUGGUGCCGUUGCUGCUGCUGGGAGUUUCAACCACCGUGCAGGCCAAGGAAAUCAUCAUUCGCAAUAAGGAUUUUCCGCAGUUGAAGGAGAAACCUGACUGGUUGCGUGUUUGCCGGAGAGACAACCCAAACGAAGACAAUUGCUUCAAGAAGAUGUUCGAGGAAACGUUCCCUCAUAUUGCCAAAGGAAUACCCGAAAUCGGACUCCAUACGUUCGACCCACUGCGGCUGGAAUCUGUGCAGGUAUCGCGAGGAUCCGGUGCCUUGUCGCUAAGCGGUGGCUUCAAAAAACUCAACAUCAAGGGCCCUUCGAAUACGACCGUCAGGCGAGCCAGUUUGGACUUCAAAAGUCAAACGUUGGACUUCGAACUGGAAAUUCCAAAGCUGAAAAUCGAUGCGGUCUACAAUCUGAAAGGGAACGUCCUUUUGCUGCCGCUCGUAGGCGACGGUGAUAUAACGAUGGCGCUGAAAGACGUCAAAACAUCCGUAGCCACCAAGUUCAGUGUGCGGCCACUGCCCGAGGACGCAAUCUUCAUCGAAGAGAUGAAAGUCACUUUUCUGGUUGGCGGAAUUCGCAUGCAUCUGGACAACCUAUUCCAAGGCAAUCAAGUCCUGGGCGCAUCGUUGAAUCUCUUCUUGAACCAGAAUGCCAACGAGGUGGUUUCGGAACUGCGGACAGAUCUCGAGUAUGGUUUGGCGGAUAUUUUCACCGGUCUGUGGAACGAGCUGUUCAACAAGCUACCCUUGAAGCUGUGGUUGUUGUGAUGCCCUUACGAUUCUAGGUAUUUACUUUUAGUAGGAGUGGUUGAAUGCGCAAUGUGCCAUUCUCUGUAAAUAUUAACUGUGGUAGACCGUGAGCUCUCAAACGGGCGGCGUGCUGGGCUUGCGUAAGUAGUGUCAUAGAAAUUAAUGUAUUCUUUAUUCUUGGAAGAACUGAAAAAUCUCCGAUCUGUCGUUAUUAGCUCUAGGCACUACAAAUUAUGUAAAUAGGAUGUGAAAAUUAAAACUCAACGCGAUGA